CGGCGGAGCGGUGUGCAGUGCUGAAGGACCGCGGUGCGACCGGCGCUUGCAGUCAAACACAAAAGAGGAGGCAUGCGGUAACUACUUGUGUCGCCUCUUCCUUGGAGGGUUUUGUCGAGAGGAAAGGGGGGACAAGACGGCUCCACCGCAUUGCUAUCCGAGCCCCGGUGACCCCCGAGAGAGGGAGUUGUCUUUAGUUAGCUGACCGACACCGGCAACAUCCAUGCGCGUCGAAAAAACAGGUGUACGGUUUCAUCAUACGGACACCGCACUAGCUUCUCUGCAGCUCGCCGUGUUUGUCGAGUGAAGACUUCAUUACACAUGGAAGAGGCUGACUACCUGACGAUAUGUUACUGGAUUAGUGGAGCGAGGCGGCUGUCGUUUUGAGGCAUUAAACGAGGUAAGACCUGGGAAUAAAGCUUGACCGGGAGGAGAGACUUAUCCUGAGCGGAGGGAAGAAGACGAAAAAGCAAAUCAGAGUACAAGAAGAAAAAGCGGAAGGAAGCGGGUUUACAGCUCACCUAUACCUGACUCUUCUUAGCGAGUCUCCAGUCUUUUGGUUUUAUGACGAAAAGUGUGUACCCCUGCAGCAGAUCAGUAAGAAGUGCUCUUCAUUAUGAAUACAGGGAGUGACUCUCACUCAUCAGACUUGGAUUCUUGGCGGUCACGCAGUGCAACAGAUGGCCUUAAGAAUGGAGACGCCAGCAGCUCAUCUCUUGCUGCCAAAGGCUUCCGCAGUGUCAGACCCAACCUGCAGGACAAAAAGUCACCAACACAGGAUACCAAUCCAAUACCAUUACCACCCCCCAGGAGAGAGAGUUUCCAUUUCUCACCCACAGGCACUAAUCCACCAGACUACAGCUCCCUUGUUGCCCUGGCUAAUGAUUUUAGCCCUGGAAUGCUAACAUUCACGCAGAAUGAGAAAGCUGUUUUGAAAGAGUCCUACACUAUUAGUAGCAAAUCUUCUUACUCCUACUCAGAGACCAAUGCAAACUCAGUCCAGCAGACACACCAGUCCACUGUAUCCAAUGAUAUUAGCAACUGUAAUGCAUCUGCCACCACUAAUACACAGGCCCAGGAGCGUAAAGUGUCUUCCCUUAAAAUAACCCCUGUCACCAUCCCUGACCCCCCGGAUCACAGCAACUCUUACCUUGACUUUCAACCUAAGACCCAGUCCACAGGUUCCCCUCCACCCACUUCCCCACCUCCACAAAGAGGUCCCCCCUUGUCUCAGCCCCUGACCCAGGCAGCCUCAUUUUCUGUCCACUUGGGCCCCGAGAAGCAUCCAGAGCGUCAAAACAGCACAGUGGAGCUCAAGGUCCCAGAUCGAGCCUCAAAUCAAACCCCAAGUCCAGCUUCAGCCCAGGUGGAGAUAACAAAGGCUCCUCCCGCGAUUCCACCACGACCUUCUCCUGCAGAGCUGUUGGGCCAAGUCCUCUCUCAUGCCAUGAAUGGAAGUACUGGCCAUCCACAGAGGCCCCUCUCUCCUCCAUCCUACCCUCCUCCCCCUGCCUCACUCCACACUGGGCUCCAGAGACAGAGCAGGAGUUCAGAGGGCAGUGAGUCAGUUACCAGAGAGUCUGUGGUGUCGGGCCACACAAGCAUCAGCAGCACCGUGCCCAUCGCCCGCUUCUCCGAAGAGGAGAAAAAGGUGUCCAUCAUUAAAGCCCCUCAUUAUGAAGGCAUCGGCCCUGUGGACGACUCCGGCAUCCCCAUUGCCAUCCGCACGACGGUGGAUCGGCCUAAGGAUUGGUACAAGACGAUGUUUAAACAGAUCCACAAGGUUCACAAAGCGGAUGAUGACUAUUCUGACACAUACAAUGCAACUUAUGCAGUCAUAAACAAUGAUGACUACAACUUGUCAUCCAGCACCACGCUGGCUCACCCUGCUCCCCGGACACAUACAUACAGGCCACUCGCCAAAAGCCCCUCGGACAACGGAGGGCAUCUGGGCCCUCCGGAGCCUUCACCAUCUCCUGUACCCCCACCACCUCCACCAAUGCCAUCUCUUCUCCAGCUGAGGGCCAGAGACAGCGACCGUGAGAGAGACUCAACUGAUACGAAUGAAUGGGGUCCUCCCAACAGAAAAGUGGACACACGAAAGUACCGUGCAGAGCCCAAGAGUAUUUUUGAGUAUGAGCCUGGGAAGUCCUCCAUUUUGGAGCAUGAAAGACCAACCUAUGAUGACAUAGAUUUAGAGAACGAGCCUUGGUAUAAGUUCUUUUCCGAGCUGGAGUUUGGGCGGCCGCCUCCUAAAAAACGGCUGGAUUAUAAUCCAGACAUCUCCGCUCGCCAGCGCAUUGAGACAUCCCUGCACAUCACUCCUGCUGACAAAGCUCCGGAGAGACCUGCGAGUGCUGCCAGCGACUACAGGAAGAGAAGGAAGUCUGAGCCAUCAAGUUCCCAAGUGAAUGCUCAGUCUCAGAGCAGAGCUGCAACUUCCCCCAAACCAGUGGAUGCCUAUAGACCCAGCAGCAGCCUAAAGAAACCCGUGGUUCGUUCCUCACCGUCCUCACCCUCCAGAGCCAAAGACCAGGAUGUGUCCAGGUGUUAUUCCACCAUGGAUGGACGCCACACACCACAGAGUAGAAGACCUACUCCUGACAGAGAGGUCUCCCAUAAACAGAUGACACAACUUAUUCUGUUCUCUCUCCUCCAUCAGAAACAGCCUGCGAGAGCCAUUUAUGAUUUUAAGGCACAAACAGCUAAGGAGCUGACAUUUAAGAAGGGUGAUGCAGUCAACAUCAUCCGGCAAAUCGACAACAACUGGUAUGAAGGAGAGCACCGCGGGCGGGUUGGAAUAUUACCCAUAUCUUAUGUAGAAAGGAUGCCAUCCUCAGAGAAGCACCAGCCGAUUCGUCCUCCUCCGCCAGCACACAUCCGAGAGAUCGGGGAGGCAAUAGCUCGCUACAACUUCAACGCUGAUACUAACGUGGAGCUAUCUCUUAGAAAGGGGGAGAGAAUAAUUGUGAUAAGGCAGGUGGACCAGAACUGGUACGAGGGGAAGAUCCCAGACACAACCAAACAGGGCAUCUUUCCUGUGUCAUAUGUUGACAUCAUCAAGCGCUCCCCGGCAAAGAGCUCUGCCCACCACAUAGACCCACAUGGUUACCCAGGCCACAGGACACCAAGCUCCACACCCACCAAGCGGUUGGUACAGGAUGCACUCCAUGGUGGAGGAGACCCUUACCAGGCCGUGUACAACUACUUGCCUCGCAACGAGGACGAGCUGGAGCUGAAGGAGGGCGACAUUGUAGAUGUGAUGGAGAAGUGUGAUGAUGGCUGGUUUGUUGGGACCUCUCGAAGGAGCAAGUUGUUUGGAACCUUCCCAGGAAACUACGUGAAGCAGCUAUAAUGAUGAUUCCAGACUCCCUCCCUCCCAGUGGCCCCGCCUCUUCCUGUGACACAUUCAUCGCCCUCAGCACAGCAGCCGCCGGACACCACCUCCCAACACUGGUCCCCCAAGACCUGUCGCACAUUUCUGUGUUUGCGUGUUAUGUGUGGCUCGUCAGCUUCACACAGACAGAACACUUAGCUCUAACUAGCCAUCUUUAAUGGAAGACUUCUAUAAAAUAACGUUGUUUUUUUAAUCUUAUCUUUUUAUCUUUAUUUUUCUAUUACGGAGAACCCAAACUUGGUGCUCCAGUCCGUGACCUUUAACUUUUUGACUGUGAUGGAAGGAUAUCAAAGGAACUUUGAACAGUCAAUGACAGAAAACAGGGCACCACAGUGAUGCUUUCAAUUCUGUUAAAGGGCAGUAAGAUCACUUUUUUUUUUUUUACUUUACUGCAGUAUCUCAAAUUUAAAAACACUUGUUACAUUUCAUUUCAGUGUUCAAUUACAAAUAUCCCCAAAGACAUUCAGUGCAGAAAGUGUUGUCAAAACAGUAUUCUGUCAGCAGGUCUGUUGUGUUCGAGCUGUGUCGAAGGGAUUGCAGUCAUGCAGACGAUAUUUCAGGUAAAGGAUGUUACUUCGCACACAUACAGGUGGAUAAGACUGUGCAUGUAUCAAUGUUAUGUGUCGCCCGAGGUACUGAUUGGUUGGUAAGAAUUUGGGGAUAUGAAACACUAUCAUUAAUCGUUAUUAAUCAGUUGUUUCAAAUAUCGCAAAUGAGAAAGUGGAAAAAAAAUCUAUCAUUGGCACUGUUGCACUUGCUUUCUCAACCUAAUACAUUAGAUUUAAAGUAUAAGAUUAAAAACACAAAAAUAUUUUCGACUUGUUCAUCUUCACACUAGGAUUAAUGCACUUUAACAAAACUUUAACACAAUUUCGUGUUUAUUUUAUCUCAAAAUUCACUUCAGACUUUACACAGUAGAUGUUAAAGGUCCAGUGUGUAGGAUCUAGGAGGGGAUACUGGCAGAAAUUGAAAAAUUGAAGUAUAUUUUCUUAAAUGUAUAAUCAGCUGAAAGUAAGAAUCGUCAUGUUUUUGAUGAUUCCUUCAAGUGAUAGGAAUCUACAUAAAGAGUGGAUCCUUGUCCUUAUUCAGUGUUUUUACCGCUUUUAAUCUCCUUGUCUGUUUGUUUUUGACAGUAGAUGGGGCCAUUUUUACUUUUUCCCUAUUUUCACAUCUGCCAUUGUAAUUGGCAGCCCCUCUGCAACAAGCAGUGUUAGAAAAACACUGAUUUUUCAAAAAAAAAAAAACUAUGAAACUGCUUCCUUAUAUUUAUUAUGUCGUUUACCCCUCGGAAGAGACAGCCUGUCUCAGAUGAGCCAAUCUUAAAGCAAGAAACACUGAUUUGUAACGAGAAACUGUUUUAUUCAGUGUUUUUACCGGUUUAAAUAUUUGCAUCUGUUUGUUUUGAAGAGGAAGCCACCACCUAAAAACCUCCUGAACAAAAAAACACUGAAGGAAUCCUAACUUGGAGUUUAAACAUGGCGGCACACAAGUGAACUCUUUGCUUGUGUUGCAAUCAGCAAUUUCCAACGCCAGAUGCCACUAAAUCCUACACACUGUUUCUCUGAUAUGUCCGUGGGGCUUUGCGGUAUAUUGACCAUGUUUGAGAAGUGUAUGCAAAAAGGCUACCAACUAUUUAGGUAUUAUAUUUAUUAGAGGACAACUGCUGGUGAAACUGACAAUUUUUCAAAGGAUGGAACAACACAAUGCUUUUCUAACAUCUUUAAUCAGCAGCAAACCCACAUUUGAAGGAUUAUUUUAUUGUAUCAUUGUCCAGAUAGGUGCUGAGUGAAACAACACCAUAGUUCAUGGGCUAUAAUUAUGCCGGGGUUAUUGAUGUUUUAUGUUGAAUUAUUUAAAUCAGAUGCAGGAUGAGAUGGCAUUUUAUCAAGAAAACUUCAGUCAUGUAACUGCAGUUUUUUUCCCACUAGACUUUGGUGGCAUCUUUUAACCCUGUUGUCAGAGUGAGUGGGUCACUGUUUCAUGUAGUUAUGUACUAUUUGGAAUUAUCGGCAUCUUAGCUUGUCAUGCUCGGUGAAUGUGAUUUAUGUUUUAGUUUCUCACUUUACUUGUUUCACAUAGGAUGGACACUGACAUCAAAAUAAUUGUUAAAGCACCUUAAGAUAUGUUGUGUUUUCUCAUUCAUUGCCCUUCACGUCACCCCCUGUCAUCCUCUAUCUCAGCUGGUGACAACACUUUCUGUGUGCGUGUGCUUGUGUGUCUGUGGUGUUUUUGUAAGCCUUUUGUAUGAGAGCUGUAAAAUGGCCAACAUCCACUUGCUUUAUAAAGUCAGCUUUUUCUCACCCGCCAUCAUA